AUGAGUGUGUGGGCUGUAGUGGGAUCUCUUCUUCAUUGUUGCGACUCGCGAGAGAUUAGCAUGCAUACAAGCUGCCGGGUAUAAAUGGACAGAGAAGAUGAGGUGGAGAUGAAGGAGGAAUCAGUAGAGGCUAGAGUGCAAGUGAUGGCGGCGUCUCGGUUCAGGAGGAUAUGCGUCUUCUGUGGGAGCAGCAAGGGCAAGAAGACGAUCUACCAGGAUGCUGCCGUUGAGCUUGGCAAGGAGCUGGUAGCAAGGAACAUCGAUCUGGUGUACGGAGGAGGGAGCGUGGGGCUAAUGGGUCUGGUCUCUCAAGCAGUCUACAGCGGGGGCAGGCAUGUCAUUGGGGUGAUUCCCAAGACCCUUAUGCCUAGAGAGAUAACAGGUGAGACAGUGGGGGAGGUGAAGGAAGUGGCAGAUAUGCACCAAAGGAAGGCUGAGAUGGCCAGGCAAUCUGACGCCUUUAUAGCACUCCCUGGUGGGUACGGAACACUUGAAGAGCUCCUAGAAGUAAUCACUUGGGCGCAGCUUGGCAUUCACGAAAAGCCGGUUGGGCUGCUGAACGUGGACGGCUACUACAACGCGCUGCUGUCGUUCAUUGACAAGGCCGUGGAGGAAGGGUUCGUCAUGCCCACCGCUCGCCACAUAAUCGUGCUGGCUCCGACGCCCGACGAACUGCUCGACAAGCUCGAGGAGUACUCUCCUCGGCACGAGGAAGAAGUCGUGACCAAGGCGAAGUGGGAGACAACAGAACACCUGAGCAGCUGCAAGAGCUUCGAGAUACCGUCGCUGGACGAAGGCAAGGCGAUCAUCCCAGCACAGCGAGGCAGCAUACUAUGAGUGAAGAAGACUUGCCCAAGUGGCGAGACUCUAAACUUGCGUACAUUGUGUGCGCAAACUGUGCGAAUCAAGAGCACUCCGAAACCACAUUGCGUUGGCAUUACUGUUUUUAUUCCUGUGACUUCGGUAGAGGGCUACUAGCUAGUGUU